AAGAAAAUAAAACAUCGCAACGAUUGUUCCAUUGCUUCUGUUUUAUGUGCAAAUGCGAGCUGACGAGUUUCCUUUUUCUUUUGCCUCUUUCCGCAUCGAAUGAAUUACGACGACGCUAGUGAAUACGUUCGAAAAAGACACGGUGUUUUGCGCGGGAAGAUUGAAACAAACAAAUAGGCAGCAUUGAAUUGGAAUUGGUGGGAUAGAAUUGGGACUUACAGCACCAGACUCGAAUCUCGUUUUGAUCUGCUAUUGCAAUUGCGCUGUUUAGCUGGUGAAGAAUCUGGGAGCGGAAACAAGGAUAAAUCGACCUACUUUCAAAAUGCCUACGAUGUGGCUUUCAGAGACGCAGAAGAUUGGCGCAAUCUUUUGCACUGGCGGUGGUUUAUUCCUCUUCGGAGGUGUGCUAAUGUUUUUUGAUCGAUCAAUGCUUGCCAUGGGAAAUAUCCUCUUCCUAAUCGGCCUAACCCUCAUAAUCGGCAUCCAAAAAACAAUUGCCUUCUUCUCUCGUCCCCAAAAACUUCGCGGCACCGCCGCCUUCGUCGGUGGAAUUCUACUUAUCCUCUUCCGCUGGCCGCUAAUCGGGUUCUGUGUCGAAUUAUACGGUAUCCUAAUUCUGUUCGGUGACUUUUUAGUGACCAUUGGCCAGUUUGUGGGUGGUGUCCCUGUCGUGGGGCCGUAUAUUCAGCAGGCUUUCAAUGCUUUGGCGGGGCAGAGGAGGAAUGCUGAGUUGCCUGUUUAA